AUGGAAAUCCAAAAAGAGGAACCACCACUCGACCGUGACCUGAUCUUAUCCAGAAUUGACCAUAGUGCUCAAAACCCGGACAUCGGCUUUAUUGAGACCCUUUAUCGAACUUGCACUGCUGUUCUGGUUCAUCUAUGGAAAUAUGGAAAUCGACCAACACCUGGCUCUCGAGAGAACAUCCUUAGAAAGGAUGUCGCGGAUCUUAGCAGGUGGGAUGAAAACUUCUUGCCUGGAAAUCUCGACGCUACCAUUGAGCAAUCACAUCAUUUGAGAAUAAAUGUGAUCGAGAACUUGGUGGGGAUCGGGAAGAUCUUGGUAUCUUUCUCCGCCCCAGCGGAGACUCCAGUCGACACCAAAGAAAAGACCCGCCUCAGAAUAACUCCUCAUCAAGAGUUGAGGACUCAGCUAGAGAAGGCAAAGAUCAUUCUUUCGACAGAAGAACAUUCUGACUCCUGCCCCUCGUCUGAUGACGAGACUUCUGACGAUUCAUGUUCGGAGUCUGAACGGGACCAAAAUCGCUAUGGCCGAUUACAUUGUUACAUCAAAUGCAUGGUGAAUCUUAUACCACUCAUUGACAACUAUCCCAUUGACAAGGCUGAUCAUAAGCCUAGAUUUGCCGAUGCACCUCUUUUCCUCAUAGAGCGGCUAGCGGAGGCGAACUGGGAGAGGUCGAUUCGCCUCCGAGAGUUACAAGAUGAUGACAACGCAGGAAAAGGCAACGAUAUCUCAACUAUUUCCAAGCCCCACCCUUUAUUCCUCGGACGCAGUUUAGGCUCUGUAUACGCUGGUACUGCUUCUUCUCAUAUCUCUUUUACGUCAUCCAGCCAAGAAGAGAGCCAGGAUCGCCCCCGCGUGCCACCAUUACCUGAGAAGGGUGAGCUCUUUCGGUGUAACUAUUCCCCCACCAAAUCGCGCUGGGUCGAGCACAUGAGCGUGACACAUUCAAUCAACUUGUCUGGCCAUCAUUUGACAGCUGAAAUCUCAAGAGCUGAAGAGAAGGUCCUCGAUCCACAAUUCAAGGAUUACAAAUGCCCAUUAUGCUUACAGACUGGCUGGAAGGCCACAAAUACUUAUGUGACUCAUAUGGGAAGACACCUUGAAGACAUAUCGUUGGCAUCUCUCCCACGGAACGAGGGGCUUUUAAGUGACGACAUCUCCGGAAUUGACAGUGCAAGCAACAACCCCACGGACAGACACAACAAAACAAGCUUGAGCAAGCCUAUUCAAGACAAAGUCGUUUUUGAUGGGCUAGACUCCAUUGAACGAGAGGAACUUCUUUCCCUUGCAGAUAAACUGCUCACUGAAACGUCUCCUGAAGAGAUUCAAAAAAUCAAAGCUAAAUUGUCCGCUCUAAGUUUGGAACAGAAAGAGUUCCUGACCCGCAAGGAGGUAGACCCAAUCACCUGUUUCUUUCAAUCUCAGGCAUUGCCUCUGGUUUAUCGAUGGCGAGAGCCCUCUGCGAGUGUGAUUAUGGACUGGGAAAUAGCCAGAGAAUUUCUCGACACCGUGUUUCACACGCGUGUCCACCUCCCUCUUGAUAAUGUAUCUGCCCUGGCUAAAGGGUACCAUAACAAAAUCCAAGCUGAGCACAAAAAUUUUCAAGCUGCGCAGCCUCUUAGGGAUGAGACUCCUUUACCUUCUCCUAUGCUCAGCAGUCUGCAUACUGCCAAUGAUGAGCAUAACCGCAAUGCUGGGUCACUUUGGGUAUGCCCUGAAUGUCACAGGGGAUUUGGUAGAAAGGCUGUAUUCGUCCGCCAUAUGAAAAUACAACAUUACCCCUCUGUGACAUAUGUUUGUCAAGCAGGAUGCAUAAAACGACAUUUCGAUCUCUUGGACCACUUGAAGGAGCAUCUCCUAAGCACGCACGGAAUUCGGACCAGCAGGCCAAACGUUCAGAAGUCUGCAAUUGAUAGGACUUGCCCAGGCAGAUGUGCACAUUGUGGCCGAAAUACUCCUGAUUGGGAGCAGUUUUAUGAAUGUCUUGCAAAUCAUUGUAUGGCCACAAAAUCUUCAGAAGGCUUUCCGUCUGCUCUUCGGCGUCAUCUUAUACAGGAUAUGGGCCUCAAGAAUAUCGACGAACACAAGAACAAGCAAGCCCAGGUAUCGCCUGAUAUUGAGAAGACGCCGAAUGUGAUGAACAAAAGGGAAUUUUUGUUUAAACAAUCCGAGCCUUAUGAUCGUUCUUCGGUCAGAACCGAUGGCAGCUGCAAUCGAUGCGGAAAAAAAAGAUGCCCAUCUGCUAUGAAUCCCACUGCGGCUUCUGGUGAGGUUCAGUCCGAAUCCGUGCCUGCUUUUCGCGCGCGGAAGAAGCUACCCUUCCCUACAGAGCGGAGGCCGCCUAAGCCGGAGUGGGAUCUGAAAAGCAAGAAGGCCUUCCAGGAAGAGGAAUUCUCACAAAGACAAUGA